AUGGGAGACAGUAGACGACGAGGUGAAGCGGUGCAAAGGAUGGUUGGAAGGAGAAAGACAUCACUUACUGGAAGUGGUGGGAAGGUGCCGAUUGGGAGUCGACGUGAUGCGUCGCUUGCAGCUAUGUCCAUAGAUUUUGGUUCGCAGUGGAUCAAAAUGGCUUUGGUGAAACCAGGUGUACCGAUGGAAAUAGUGUUGAAUGGAGAAGCACGUAGGAAAACACCAAACCUAAUCAUUAUUAAAGAUAACGAACGUCUGUUUGGUGAUGCGGCAUUGUCUUACGCGGUUAAAUAUUCGAAAAAUUCUUUUACUCAUUUGGUGGAUCUUUUGGGCAAGAAAACCAACAAUCCAAUUGUUUCACUUUACAAAAAACGAUUUCCGCAUCUAAAAUUGAUUCUGGAUGGUGCUAGAGAUGUCGUGCAGUUCGAUGUGGAUGGCGAGAUUUACUGUGUUGAGUCUAUAGUGGCAAUGAUUUUGAGACGAUGUCGCGAAGUGGUUGAGAAUUUUGCGAAACAGCCUGUUAGAGAUGUGGUUAUUACAGUUCCAGUAUUUUUCAAUCAGGCAGAACGACGUGCUCUGGUUGCAGCAACUAAAAUCGCCGAAUUGAAUUUACUGCAAUUGCUGAAUGAUCAUACUGCUGCUGGAAUAAACUAUGGUGCAUUUCGAAGGAAAGAAAUCACUGAAAAUGCACAAACUUUAUUAAUUUAUGACGUUGGAGCAACAAAAGUUACUGCUUCGGUGUUAGAAUAUGUAUUAGUGGAGGAAAAGAAACGAGGUGAAAAGAAUCCAGUUAUGACAACACUAGGAGUCGGCUAUGACCGCAUGGCUGGUGGUUUUGAAAUUACGCAAAGGCUGCGAGCUAUCUUUAUAGACAACUUUCGCAAAACGAAAAACACCAAAACCGAUAUAACAAAAAAUCCACGCUCUAUGGCGAAAAUGUUACAAGAGGCAGAGCGUGUCAAAAUUGUGCUUUCGGUAAACACCAAUUUCACUGCACAGAUUGAAAAUGUCCACGAACACCAGGAUUUUUCCAUGUCAGUGACCAGAACAAUGCUGGAAGAUGCGAUGAGAGAUCUUGAAAUAAAAUUAGUGCAACCUAUUGUGGAUGCUUUAAAAAUGGCUGAUCUGUCACCGGAGAAGGUUAAUCAGGUAGUGCUGAUGGGUGGUGGGAGUCGCGUUCCUUUAAUCCAAGAAUUUGUUCAGAAAUUCUUCAAAAAGAAAGAGUUGGGGAAGUUCUUGAAUACUGAUGAAGCAAUUGCAAUUGGUGCAGUUUACCAAGCAGCGCAUUUAAGUAAGGGUUUCAAAGUCAAGAAGUUCGAUGUACGUGAUUUGCAGAUAUUUCCAAUAGAGGUUGAUUUUGUUAGUGCUCAUAGCAAGGACGAAACAGGCGCAAGGCGGUUAAUACGUCGACCAAUAUAUCCAAUGAAAUCGUUUAUACCUGCAUCUAAAAAAGUUUUGUCAUUCACUUCAUUCACGGAAGAUUUUUCCAUGAAUAUUAAUUAUGGAGAAAUACGGCAGCUCAGCUCAAAUCAGCUUAUGGAAUUCGGCUCAUUCAACAUUAGUGAAAUUAAAAUAGGCGGUGUUAAAGAUGUAUAUGUAAAAGAAACAGCAAAAGAAGGCACCAUUUUCAAGGGAAUAAAAACGCAUUUCGAUUUGGAUAAUUCGGGAAUUUUGCAUGUUGACGGAGCCGAAAUGUUGUUAGAACAACCACCAAAAACAGAGUCGACACUUGCUUCACUUGCUGGAAAAAUUACUGGAUUAUUUUCAUCAAAUAAUAAAAUGGAUGAAACUAAGGAGAAAAAGCAGGAUAAUUCAAAAUCUGAAGAAAUAAACGAUAAAAGCCAUGACCCUAUUGGUACUGCGGAAAAUCAAAGUAAAAUCGAAAAGCCUGCAGGCGAUAAUACAGUUACAAAUGUGGCAGAAACGAAAUUAAACGAAAAGCCUCAGCAAAUCAAAAUUUCCCUGAAAUUGAUGGAGGACAUACUGGAUGUCCAGCCAAUUUCCAGCAGUGAAAUCACUGCUGCGAAGAACAGGAUUGCUGAAUUUGAGAAGAAAGAAAAAGAAAAAGCGAUUCGUGACGAAGCGCAUCAUGAUCUUGAAUCAUUAGCUGUUGAUCUUAGUGACAAACUUACGCAGGAUGAAUUCAGUCGGUUUUUAACUGCUGAUGAGCAUGUCGCGCUGCAAAAAGAGAUAUCGCAAGUGAAAACUUGGUUGGAAGACGAUGUUGAUAUUAAUACUCCAACAGCUGAAUUUGUGCAAAAUAAGAAGGCAAUCGAUGAAUUGUUACAACCAGUUAAAGUCCGUAUAACAGAGGAACAGGAACGUCCUGCAAUAGUGGCUGAACUGAUUUCAAUGUUCAAUCACACAGAAAUGUUCUUGCUUCUUGCACAAAAUCUUACUGAAGCCGAAGUAUUCACAGAAAUUGAAAUCAAUACUUUAAGCAAAUUGCUUGAUGGAACUAAGAAUUGGCUUACGGCGAAAAUGGAGUUGCAGAGUAAAUUAAAACCAACUGAUUCACCAGCGCUUCCAGUCACUGAGGGGAAAGAGAAGUUAAUGUCGCUUGAUCGUGAAGUAAAAUAUUUAUUAAAUAAGAUGAAAUUUGCAAAACCAAAAGUUAAGACGGAAGAAAAAACUAAGGAAACAACUGCUGAGAGCAAUGAAACCUUAUCGGAAACAAUGGAGGAACCAAGAACGGUCUCGGAAGAGAAAUCAAAUGAAGUGUCAGGGGAUGCGCAAUCUCUCGAAGAUGCGACUGAUGUGAAGAAAAACGAGAAACUGAAAGAUGAUGAACAAAAAGACGGUGUACCACACGAUGGUUCCGAGCUUUAG